AUGAAACGAUUUGCAAUCCCCCCGGAUAAGGCGAGGGUAGAUAGCCCCCCCAGGGUGAGUGACUCACCAGUGGGAGUGAUCAGCAGAGGAGAAGAUGCCGCACGUGAGGGAGAAGGAGUAGAUGGCCCUGCCUCUUACUUACGCCGCAGCUACGGGGGUGAAGGUGCAGCGUGGGAGUCAAGCCGAGAGAGUUCAGAUGGUAUGUGUGGGGAGCACCCAGAAGGGGGUGCAGCAUUGAGCGACGAGGAUGGCGAAACGUCCAUGUGUGGUGAGCUCUGCCCAAGCAAUGAUGCACUCCUGCUUGGUGACGACAGCGUGGGCGAGGAUCUCCCGGGAGGGAGCCUCGACGAAAGGCAAAAAAGGAUCGUCUACAGUAGGGCCGACGAAAUAAUUAGUGGGGACGCCGGAGGGGGGGAGGACUGGCUGCUGAGCGAGGUGGAUGAGCAGCCCGGUGGGGAGGCGACGCGGCAGAUUGGAGAGGCGAAGCGGCAGAUUGGAGAGGCGAAGCGGCAGAGUGGCCAGGCCGAACGCCCGAGUGCUGCGAGGAGGCGCGGGCCGAUAGAUCGGCGCGCGCUCAACCUCAGCGCGGGGGAGCUGCACGCCUUCCUGAAGAGGGACAAGUACCGCCUGACGAAGAUGAAGACGCGCAUGAGGAACGUGGUCUACAGGUACCUCUACGAGAGGGCCAAGGGGGAAACCCAGCGAGGUGAAAGGAAAACAGCGAAUGGUGAAGCGUGCAGCGUGCCGAACGCGCACACGUUGGAGGGAGGGGGAGAGGCGGAGGGAGAGGGGGAGAGAGAGGCGGAGAAUGAGAGAGGGACAGAUGGGGCCCCCCCCCAGGACGUCGCCACCCUCCUGUACACGGAGUGCACCAUAAGGAAGACUAGAAUCGCCAAAUUGAGGAGCGAAAGUAGGCUCGUCUCGGACAGGAGGAGGGACCACUGCAUGCGGAUUUUGAGCCACAAAAAUGUGUAUGUGUUUGACGGGUGGGGGGAGAGCGCGGAGCGGAAAGAGAACGUGGAGCGGCAAUGGAAAGCGGCGCGUCAAGAUAGCGCGGCGCGGCAGGAGAACCCACUGGGGGGGGUCCCUAGUGAGGCUGCCCUUAGGGGAAGCCCCCCCACGCGCCGCUUCACCUGCAAUAACCACUUCGUCUGCCUGCAAAGGGAAGACGCCGAGGUGCACGUGUUCAGCCACCGGGUGCUGAGGCUGAACGAGCAUAUCUUUUUUAAAGAGAAGGAGAGCAAGACGACGAAUGAGGAGGCAUUGAGAAAGUUCCUAGACGAUUUGACACGCAGUGGGUCCGAAACGAACUGCAGGAGGGUGAAGCUCGAUUGGCAAGCAUACCCCUUUUACAUUCUUAGGGACCCCUCGUGGAAAAGCAUAAGGAGUAUUCACCUGAACGCGUUGAACCACUUGUGUGUGUGUACAGAGGCAGGCACAUAUGUGUGCCAUCUGUUUUUUGCAAAUGGGGAGAUACAGAUUAAGUCCAGUGGGACGUAUUUGCAUCGGGGAGGACCCCUCCUAGAGGAGAAGCAACUGGUGGAGGGAUUCCUAACGAGCGAGAAGGGGAUGCUGCACGUGAGUCAUUGCGACCUGUUUGUGCUCCAUCGGAACAGCCAGUUGUUUAAGGGCAACCACUUCACCAUCGUUAAGCAUAUAAAAUUUCGUCAGCGCAUUUUACACGUGUCUCUUUGUGGCGAGUGGGUCAUUCUCUCCUUCAGCAGUAGGGUAUCCGUGCAUCAUAAGGCUAGUGGGAAGGUCCACCUGGUUGUGCAGGUAGACGCACAGGGGGAUGUCCUCGGGGGGGAGGCAGCGGGGAAGGCGGCGAAAGCGGCCCAUGUGGGUGUCCCACACGUUGGAGAGGCAACCGGGAAAGCCGCUCACGUGGGUGGUCCGUACGCUAGCGAGCCAAUCGGGAACGCGGCUCACGUGGGUACCCCCCAACAGGCGAACCACAUCCCAUUCAUGUGCCCCCUCGAAGGAGACAACCUCUUUUGCCUAACGUACGGAAGGAAGAUGACCAUCCUAGAGCAUUCCGCUGGCAUUGUUGUGCGGAGGCAGUUUGCUUUGAAACACUGCGUGCAGAUGAUCAGAAGCGCUCCUAAUAACAUUUUGGUGACGUAUGGGGAGAAGGAGCUACACGUAUGGCAGGUGGUCCGCGUGAAAAAGGAGCUUACUCUUCUGCUCUUCUUUAGCAAAUCGGUGAGGGACGCCAGGUGCUGGGAGGUGCAUGACGAGGGGAGGACCUUCGACCUUUACGGGGACGCCCUGCAGGUGAAGACCAAGCUGGUUAAGAUAAACAGGGAUGAUGAGGUGGCCAGGCGGAUUGUGCAUGCGCUUGGCGGGGGGGCCACUCACGGGGGGGCCCCAAAUGGGGAUGACGCUAACGAGGGGACUACUCCCGGAGGUGCCGCUAACGGGGGUUCUGCUAACCGGGGGGGCGGCCACUUCAGCGCCCACCUGCUCUACGUCUACAUUUUGGACGGUGGGCGAGUCGACCUGGUGGUGGUGAACUCGCUGGCGUAUUUGAUUUACCUGCUGUUCAGCCACCACCGGUACGGCCUGCUCCUGGCCCUGCUGUUGCACCUGCACAAGGGAAACGCGUGCCUGCUGACGGACCUCCCCGUGGACGAGGACGAGAGGAGGGAGAAGCUGAAGCCGCUGUUCCACUUCCUCUUCGAAAGGAGAGUGGCCGACAUAAUUCAGAACGGCAACAGGUGCGGGCGCGACCCGCGCAGCAGCCUCUACCAUGUGCAGGUGCAAGGGGGGGAGUGCCCUCAGGAGGGGGGGGGAAAAAGAGGCGAGCUUUCAAACGGGUUCAGCCAGGUGAGCAGCCAGGUGAGCAGCAAAACGUGCAGCCAGAUGCGCAGCCACACACCUAACAACGUCUCAGAGUGUUUGCAGCGAAUGGGACCUUCUUCCGAGUCCACUGCUUCUGCUUCGGUGGAUCUUCCCUCGUCUGAACCGAUCGGCGCUUCUUCAAAUGAGGGAGGAAACGCUUCGGAGGGGUUGCCCCCCUCCUGUGGAGGAGCAGCUACUCCAGAGGAAGAACCCCCUGCUGAGAGGGGAGAGAUCCUCAUCGAUGGACGAAUCAUCUCAGACGAUUGCAUAAAAGAACUUCAGAAGGUGUGCCUCCUCGCCAUCGAGAUUAGCAUCCAUUUCGAUAUGGACCUUUACGAACGCAUGUUUCAGUUGCUUAGGAGCUUCGGAGUAGAAAGCAUUUACUUCCACUUGAUUGAGGAGUACAUCGUUAGGAAGAGCAUUUGCGUUAGCCACCACUCGCUGGUGUGCAGUCUGACGGAGCAUUUUAAGCGGCUCUACCGGGUCUUCUCCGAGCACGACGACUCGUGCUACGACGUGUUUUUGUUUUUUUGCAGCCUGGUGAGUGGAAGAUCGACCGGGGAGCAUCUAAAUGGGGAGCAUCUAAAUGGGGAGUGUCUAAGCGAGGAGUGUCUAAGCGAGGAGUGUCUAAGCGAGGAGCGCCUGAGCAAGGUUGUAUUCUCUCCUUUGGGUAGGGGCGGCCAGGACAGCGAUGAGAGCGGUGACAGCGGGGGUGACCGCUUUGACCGCUUGGACCGCCUGGACGAACCGUGCGCGGACCUGGACGCGCACCUGUACCGGCACCACCUGGGCGCGCAGGACCUCCCGAGGAAGAUCCGGAGGGUCUACGCCUUCGUGUGCAUAGUGGAGCUGUUCUUCCGCCUGUUCGAAAGCAUCAAUUUGGAGGGGAAAAUGGAAGGCAUCAUUUCUCACUUGCCAAUUCAUCUGAGUGCCUUCAUAUACAACAAGCACAAUGAGGACAGAAUCACCACAGCGGAGUUCUUCGUUUCGUAUCUUAUAAGAAAGAAAAACGACCUCUUCUACAGCUUCUGCAGAUGCAACAGCUUGCGGAGUGACCUGCUUCCAAUUUACCUGCCCAUGUACAUGUAUAGAAAUUUCUACCAAUCGUACUUCCUCUUCGAUUACGUCUUCUCUGUUAUGUUUAAGGUGCCCUUCAGCAUCAGCAUGGACCGGUUCUUGGUUCCUUUGGAGGGGGGCAUCACUCUCAGGAGUUGCCACCCGAGGGUGCACGCGAGUUACCAGUUCGACGACCCGCGCAACUACCAGAAUGUCUUUUUUGUUUUUUCCCCCUUCCGCGUGGAGAGGGAGAACCACUGCACGCUCAACCGGGGCAUUCUCUCCCUCUGGCGGUACCUGCUGAGUGGCGGGGGUAGCGGCGUUAGCCCCGCUAGCUACGUUGGCAAUGUUAGCCGCACCAGCUGCCUUAGCACCCCUAGCCGCGCCAGCAGCCUUCGCACCGCUGGCCGCGCUCGCUGCUUCAUCGGAGGGGAAGGCGCCCCGCGGGAGAUACAAAUGAGCGACUACUUUAACGUGGACAAGAACGGCCUCUUCCUCCUCCUGCAGUUGUCUCUGAGGGACACCUUCAAUGUGUUAAACCGGAGCUUCUUCCAGUACGACUUCAUGGCUCACCACGACGUUGUUAACCUGUUGGUUGGCAACUUGUGCAAUUUUUACCUGCACAUGGUCAUAACUUUUAUCUUCUACAUAACGUACUUGAGGAAGGUUUUGCAGAACAACUUGACAGAGGAGACAUCCGUCCAGAUAUACAGAGAGGUGCUGCUCGCUGUGGACACUUGCAAAGAUCACGAAGAGGUUAGUCACCUGUGGAUGAGGCUCCUUCAUGUGGUUGAAGCAGAGAGACAUGCACAUGUUCAGAAGAAUCUCCCAAACAUAGUAAAGUGGAUUACGUUGCAACUUUUUUACAUCCAUAGGCAUAGGAAGGAAAUGGCUAGCUCGGUUACCUAUUUGCUUAUUCUCUUUUUCAUUCUUCAGAGUGACUGUGAGGAGCACCCCUUUGACUAUCGCGUGGGUGUCCUUUGUGUUAACUUCCUAUUGAGCCUCUCACAUGGGGAGGGUCAGAACCGUCGGAUGAACGCAACUACGGGAAGACGCCGCGUUGAGAAACUCACCAAAAGGUGCUUUCACUUUGCGAGUCAGAAUUACCUGAACAAGGUCAGGCGAUAUGUGAGGGAAGAGCACUUCCUUCGAACCUUUCGCUUGAGGCAGACCAACUUGCGCGUAAAGAAGGCGGAGGUCAGGAAGAACGUCGCGGGGGCCUCCUCGCCGCACGGCAACUUGGUGAACUACCUGUUGGGGGCGGUCUGCGGCGUGGACGUGCCUGGCCUGCUUCGCCGGCAUGGCGCAGAUGGGUGUGAUUACCACGGUGAGCAUAGUUACCGCGAGGGGGCGAGCGGCGAAGAGUGGACUGGGGAGAAGAACCACCGUGGCGUGCCGCAUGGGGGGGUAACUCGACCGGAGAGACGUGCCGACGGGUGUGCCUUUAAGCGGGUGCGGAAGACGAACGAGAAGCAGCAGCAGAAGCAGCAGCGGGGGAAAGAGCGGGAGAAGCAGGAGCAGAAGCGGAGCGACAUUUUCUGCGUGACGUUUUGCAGGAGGCACUACGGGUACAUCCUGCUGCUCUACGUGAAGAGGCUGCUGGUGUUGCACCGGCGGGGGAGGCGCGAGAGGGGGAGUCCCUCGCAGGUCGGCUCGGAGGAGGGGCCUCCAAAGACCCACUCAGAGGAGAGCUCCCUAAACCGCUCAACCCCAACCGGCUUAGCCCCACCCCGCUCUGCCGCAACCCCGCAGGGGCGCCGCAGGAGAGACGCAGAGAGACUGCUCAAAUACGUCCUCCUCUUCAGCCACGUGCGGAGGUGCGAGCCGGUGUACCUCCUCAUUUUGAACCACUUCGGUCGCUACGACGUGGUGCUGCAUCAUUACAGAGCCAGGGGGGAAUGGAGAAGCAUGCAGGCGUAUAUUUUUGCAAAUAUUUUUUUUUUCUUUAAAGAGAGGAGAGUGAAGAGGAGGCUGCGUGGGUACCUGUUCUAUGGCGACGUGUUGGAGCACGUGGGGGUGAUGGGAGACUUGUUCGUGAGCUACCUUCUGGGGAACUACCUCGCUUUUCACAACCGCACGGUGGGGCUGCUCGGGGGGGGGAGCGGCCCAGGGGUGGCAUCCCCGGAGGGGGUAUCCCAGGAGGGGGUAUCCCAGGAGGGGGUAUCCCAGGAGGGGGGAUCCCAUAAGGGAGUUACCCCAGAGAAGCAACACCAAUGGGGGAAGACCCACCUGAUGAGUCUAUGCAAGCUGUUCGCCACGACACUCAUUCGGUGCCGCCACUUCUCCGAGCAGGUGAAGCAGCGAGCGUACUACCUGCUCCUACACGAGGCUCACAUGCCCCACAAGAUCAAAAGGUACCUCCAUAAAAAAGUUUUUUACCCCUAUCUAGUCCUUCUGUGUAAGUACCAAAAGGAUCAAGUGUAUAGCUGUGUGAGGAACGCUCAUGUGGAGAGACACAAGGAGCUGUUUGAGCAGCAUGGCAAUGUGAAUGUCCUGCUGCAUCUUCAUGAGAGGCAGGGGAAGUUCCUUAGCGUCAUCGACCUUUGCCUUAAGCUAAUUAAAGAGAAUAUUUUAAAACUGAAGGAUUCCUUUUGCCAACAGGGAGACUGGUUCGUGCCGCAGGACGUGACUUACGGGGAUGUCUUUUCGGUUAGCUUUUGCAGCAGAGUUGAUGUGUACAGUUUGGGCGCCAUGCCGCUGAAGAGGAGCGUCCGGAGGUUCCUCUCCGGGGGGGGUGGCAACGUAGAUCAGCCAGAGGGGGAUGAGCAGUGGGAGAGACUGAAGCCGCGGGAGGAUGACCUUCCCGGGCGCGCCACCCAGAGGGACUCAUUUCUGCGCGAGCUGCUCGGCCGAGCGCACAGCGCCGCGGAUAGGAGCGCGUGGGGGAGCUACUUCGUGAAGACGCCCCGCUGGGGGGAGAAGCCUCACCGGAGCACUAAGCGGGACAAUCAGCGGGGCACUCACCAGAACAGUCAGCGGAACACUCACCAGAUCAAUCAGCGGGAUACUCACCGAAGGUGCACAGUUGGAGAGGCAAGGCGCGCGCGCCUGGCGAGGGCGUGCCGCAUCUUCCUCACGCGAGAAUACAACGCCGUCUUCCUCUACACCUACAUGCUGACGUUCGUCUUGAGGAGGAACAAGCUACAGAGCGACCGCAUAAACGAAUACGUUUUGUUUUUUAUUGUUAGCGAGUGUGUGCGGGGCUUCAUCGGCGUUUGCGAGCAGCUGGGGUGCGGCGGUGAAGGGGAGCGGCGUGGUGGAGGGGGGCCGCGUGAUGGAGGGGAUCCACUUGGUGGAGGGGAUCCACGUGGUGAAGGAGAGCCACUUGGUGGAGGAUGCCUGUUUGGGGAAAAGGGGCUUUUCACCUCUUCUACCAAGAGAAAGGAGGAGGAACCCCCCCCAGACGCGAUUGCCUUUUUUGGCUACCUGUUCGACCAGAUAGUCUCCUUCGUGGCAAACGUAAGCUCGCACCGACACGCCGAGAGGGUCUGCAGGCAGCUGCUGGCCAAGUACCGGAAGUUUCAAGUGAAGCUGGUGAGACCUCCACUCAUCGGGCUUUUAAAGAGCAUGACGGAGGCCUACACGCUCUUGAGCGACAAUUGCCACGUGGCGGAGAAGAGGAUAAAGAGGCAAAUAGAGUCCUACACGUUUGAGAGGAAGAAGGGGCUCGUGGUGAGCUUCCAGGUGGACCACACGCACCCCUUCAACACCCGGCUGUGCGCGCACAGCAAGCGGGGGGGCGAGCAGAGCAAGCACAGUCAGCAGAGUCAGCUCGGCCAGCCCAGCCAUCCCAGCCAGCCCAGCCAACCAACUCCACCGGAACAGAAGGAACUCCUUCCCGAGAGCUGCACGGAUUACCCCCCCCCUGGCGACGCGCUGUGGUUGAGCAAGUGCGAGCACGACCACCACUUUGCCUGCUCGCAGCGCUGCCACCUGUGCGGCGCGGGGUAG